AUGUUCGGCGGUCGCGUCGCGUUGGAUGGUGAGUACGCGCGCGAAGCAUCAGCUGCAGAUCGGGCCCUGGGCGCAAACAUCUUUGCAGCUGCACAAACAUUGCUGGACAACGGUCGCAUCAAACCUCACCCAGUCAGAGUCCUAGCCGACAGCUGGGCCGGUGUCAUCCAGGUGUGUGUUGUUGUCUGGAACAUGGUCUCCCGGCCUGCUCUUUCAAGCCACGGGCGCUACUCCCCGAACGCAAGCGAGGACCGCAUGGUUGUCGAUGGCUGGGCUGGUCGUUCUGUAUUGCAACUCUUGUCCGACCAUGUGGCCAUCAACCCGUACUCUUGGAACGCGGAGCGCGGCGCCAUGUCUAUAGGGAAUUUUCUGAGCGAUAUUCCUGGCACUGGUGGUGAAUAUCAAAAGGAGCAGACACCAGCCAUGUGCGCGCUGGAGUACAUGCUUGGAUUCCGAUUUUACUACGACUGGGCGCACAGACUAUAUUGGCUUGUAUACUAG